CACUUCUCCCGAGCAUAACUUCUCAUUAGUCCAGUUCCCCAAACACAAAUGAGUGGAUCACACGUAGAUCGUUACGGGAAAAUCUGCGCUUGUCUCUCCCUCCCUCUCCAAACAGCGGAGUUUCCAACAAAGACGCGCAGGCACAGUACUUCACACUAUCUUCAAGUCUCGUUGCUGAUUACAUAAUCAGGAGGAUAUAGGCAUUUUCACUCGUUUUCGGUUUACAUAGCUCACGCGAACCGCGCGCAUUCAUUAUGGACCGGAAACCAACUGACAGCCCGGUCUACGUCCGGCAAUGGAGCAGCGAGUCCAGUACCACCGGCUCUAACCAGUCAUCCCCCUCGCGGCCUGCACACGCGCGAUCCUCCUCCGCUACCACCUUCUCCACCGUCAAGCGCACUCAGAACUUCGCCGCCAAAGCCGCGGCUCAGCGCCUCGCUCAGGUCAUGGCCUCCCAGACCACCGCCGACGAGGACGACGACGAAGACGAGGACGACCUAGGCUUCCGUUACAGUGCUCCUCCGCCUAUCUCUCUCUCGAGGACCGUCAACAGCCCUACCAACGCUACUAAAAAGCCCGAGGUUACGUCUAUCAGGACCAAUAGAUCUCCUUCACCUGCGUUGGCUCGGAACUCUGUGGAGGCAACUCCAUCAGUUCGCUUGACGUCAGCUGGAGGGCCAUCGAUGUUGUCUCGUGCGGCGGUGCCAUUGGCACCACCAAAUAAAGCACCAUUGAGGAGUGCGGUUUCUCUGCCAUCAGGAGAGCCACCUGAAAUUAUGCAACUCAAAAAAAGAUUCUCAUCAGAUAUGGAACAUUUUAAAUCUAGAGAUUCUGGAGAUCAACGUGAUGCUUCUGCACUUCGUGACGAACUUGAUAUGCUACAAGAAGAGAAUGAGAAUAUUCUUGAGAAGCUUAGACUCGAGGAAGAGAGAUGUGAAGAAUCAGAAGCCAGAGUUAAGGAGCUUGAGAAACAGGUUGCUGCUCUUGGAGAAGGUGUAUCUUUGGAAGCUAAACUCUUGAGCAGAAAGGAAGCUGCACUGCGUCAAAGAGAGGCUGCACUUAAAGAUGCAAAAAAUUCCAAGGAUGGAGAAGAUAAGGAAAUUGUUUCCCUUCAAGCUGAAGCUGUGAAUGCAAAAGAUGAGGCUGAAGCCGCUGUGAAACAGCUUCAUGGAGCUGAAUCUGAAGUAAAAUCACUUCGAUCGAUGACACAAAGAAUGACACUGACUCAGAAAGAGAUGGAAGAAGUUGUUCUUAAGAGGUGUUGGCUUGCUCGUUACUGGGGCUUAGCUGCAAAAUAUGGUAUCUGUGCAGAUAUUGCAAUGUCAAAGUAUGAACACUGGUCAUCCUUAGCACCUCUUCCAUUUGAGAUUGUCCUUUCUGCUGGACAAAAGGCCAAGGAGGAGGGUUGGGCAAAAGCAGGUAACGAUGAUCCUGAGAAAAGGAGCAAAGUUCAGGACUUCAAUGAUUUAACUGGGGAAGGAAAUAUUGAGAGUAUGCUUUCUGUGGAAAUGGGGUUGAAAGAGCUUGCUUCCUUAAAGGUUGAGGAGGCCAUUGUGCUCUCACUGGCCCAACAGCGGCGUCCAAAUUCUGCUCGACUAUCUAUUUCAGAUAUGAAAUCACCAAGUGAUCCCAAGUUUAUGGAGGCAUUUGAACUAAGCGCAGAGGAGUCCGAGGAUGUUCUAUUCAAGGAGGCAUGGCUUACAUAUUUUUGGAGAAGAGCCAAAGCUCAUGGCAUAGAGGAGGACAUUGCAAAAGAUCGUCUUCAGUUUUGGAUUAACCGCAGUGGCCAUUCACCAACUUCACAUGAUGCUGUUGAUGUGGAGCAAGGUCUUAUGGAGCUCAGGAAAUUGGGGAUUGGGCAACGACUUUGGGAAGCAUCUCGGAAAGAAAUCGACCAAGAUUCUUCCUCUUUGAUUGCACGGAAAGCUGCUUUAUAAUUGAAGAGUCUGCUUGACAGACAGUAAUGGGCUUGAAAUAUGUUCGGAUUCAUAUUAAAAACAUGUACAUGUAGAUUCCUUUUUGUUAGAUCUUUUAGUUUGGGAGCAUUUUUCCAAAUAUAUGUGAUGUGGGGAAUGCCAACUUGACCCGGAUCGGUAAUGUUCCUGUUUUUUCCCCUCGUCAUCGCCGGGUGUUAGUUACUACUGCCAACCGCAACAUGUAAGCACUACAUCUUGAAUAGAAGUUGUAGUAGCCCUCCGAAUGAUAGAGCUGAAAUCUUGUAAUUUUUAUAAAUCGGGCAAUUUACAAA